CCAACUUCUUCCCCAGACAAAGCCCAACCUUCCACUUCCAUCUUCGAUACGCUCCCUCGUCACAAAAUCUCCUUUAAUAAGCCAUCAGCGCGAGCUUCAUCCAACUUCGGUAGCCGCGUUUCUAUUGCCACUUUUUAAGUCGCGCGUCGCAAAAUCCAGCCUUAUUCCUCCAGGCAACACGCGAAAUCGCGCAUCAAGUUCAGAGUCAGCCAGCCCUCUAAUCCAUCGCUCCUCGAACGCCGAUCGACCUGCUGUCGGUCAUUCCUCUGCGUCGUACUGCUGAUCCUAACGGUUCGAUAACAUAACCAGCUCCCUUUCCUUUCAAAAGCAUACCACAAAACAUCAGCGAAAAUGUCUGGAAAACUCGACCAAUCUCUCGAUGAGAUACUCUCCGCAAACAAGCGCUCUGUCAUCCGAGGCAAGGGACGUGGACGUCGUCGUUCUGCUCAACCCGGCCGAACCACCACUGCCACUGCUCCCGUUGGAGGCGUCAAGAAGAACCCAAAGCAAGCCAAAGGCGCCGUGAAGGCAAUCCCAACAGGACCAUCAGUUGGAAGUGGCGACAGCAGAAUUCAAGUUAGCAACUUGCCGAAGGAUGUGAACGAAGCCCAGAUUAAGGAAUACUUUGUCAAGUCUAUUGGACCUAUCAAGCGAGUUGAGAUCUCAUACGGACCUGGAGGAGUCAGCCGCGGUAUUGCAACCAUUUCAUUUGCACGUGCCGACGGCGCUUCGAAGGCUGUUGAGGCACUCAACGGUCUCCUCGUCGAUGGAAAGCCAAUGAAGAUCGAUGUCAUCCUUGACGCCAGCCGCGCCGCCGCAAUUCCGCCUCCCAAGGCCCUCAGUGAGCGCAUUGCUCAGCCAAAAGUCCAACCAAAGUCAGCUGCAGCGACGAAGGCGACUGGUGCCGCAGGUACAGGUAACCGUGGCAAGAAUGCUCGAGGCCGUGGACGUGGAGGUCGUAACUCUCGCCCAGCCAAGAAGACCGCUGAGGAGCUUGACUCUGAGAUGGCAGAUUAUUUCGAACAGGGUGCUGCCACUGGAGCCGAGACUAGCGGUGCUACCAACGGGGCUGCCCCUGCUACUAAUGGCGAUGCUCCAAUGGACGAUGAGAUCAUGUGAGCUUCUCAUGAAGCCUAAGCUGGAGUGCAUCUGAAGUAGGAUCGAUAGAUCAUCAGACUUGAUACGACACAUUUCCGUUUUUCGACGCCUUACUGCGAUUUGUAUUAUUGCUGCUGCGCCUUGCUUUGGAAUCGAGAUCUCGAGGCUUUUCAUCAUGGGUAUGGGUGUGGGGGAUAUAUCAGAUUCGUCAUACAAUAAAGCUUCUCGGCGACGGGUUACUAUUCAGAUUGUAUUCGGGGAUUACCAGGCUGCGCGUCUCAUACAUCGAAAUGGAAGAAU